CAGAUGGGGAGGUGGAUUGGUCACCUGACAAGACUACAACCAGCUGGGUAAACAUGGCGUCUGUCUCUGGAUGUGAAGAUUACAUGUAUCUCGCUUCUGUCUGAUAACCGGGGUUCUGGCACACCGACGUCCCGCAUUUUAUCCCGGGACACAGUAACGUGAUGGGUGCCACGCGUGGAGACAGGAAGAAGAGGAGGAGAGACGCGCUUCACUGACUCCGCUUCACGUUUUUUUUCCCUCUCUGCACAGCUUUAAUGGUCUGAUGCCUGUCCGGACUCUGUGAUUGGCGCAGGGUAAUUGCUUUUGUUAGCAGGCACACAGAUUUUUUAAAAUUCCUCCUGAGAUGGCUAUUAAUAUUUGAUCUGACAAAUACCAGCACUCUUGACUGGCUCCUGUAGGGACACAGCUGUAUUUCUGGGCCCACUCUGCUCUGGGAUCCCCCUUUAAAAUUAUACAACCAGUUAGAUUUUUUGUGGACUCUGUCUCUCUCUCUGUGGUCCCCAGUAUCAACAGCUGUUUUAACCUCAAUAACAAAUGUGCCGCAGAAGGAACUGAAGGAAUCUGACUGUGCUGUGUGUAGCUGGCCUCCACUUUCCUGCUCUGACAGCUGAUUUAUGACUGCUAGCCGCCCUGCACUGUGUGUUGUGUCUCCCAUGCCUUGCUCAACAACACCACUAUGAUAGGCUCACCUGACGUGGUGGCUUUCACUAAAGAGGAUGAAUAUGGGGAGACGAAUCCUGACCCCUGGGCUCUCCCCAAGGAGUUCUCUGUCCCCCUCCAUCCACCUUGUGACUCCAACCCCUGGGCCAAAACCUCCUAUGCCAAGUUCACCAAAGACUUCAUCCUCAUCUCAGAGUUCUCUGAGCAGGUGGGCCCUCAGCCUCUCCUCACCAUCCCCGAUGACCCCAAAGUCUGCGGCACCUUUGAUCUCAACUACUUCUCCCUGCGCAUCAUGUCGGUGGACUACCAGGCCUCCUUCGUGGGACAUCCACCCGGCACAGGCUACCCGAGGCUCAGCUUUGUGGAGGACUCGAGGGUGGUGCUGGGCGACUCAAAGGAGGGGGCAUUCGCCUAUGUCCAUCACCUUACCCUUUACGACCUGGAGGCGAGGGGCUUCGUGCGACCGUUCUGCAUGGCGUACGUUUCAGCAGAUGAGAGGAAAAUCAUGCUGCAGUUUCAGGAGCUGUCCUUCCGCUUCUCACAGGCCUCUGAGUGCCUGAAGUCCGGGAACAGGAGAGCAUUUGCCAAGGAGCUCCAGAGGAAGCUCCGAGACCUGGAGUACACUCACUCAGUGCUGCAGAGGGAAGAGGGCCUGCAGAGAGAGGCGGCGCCUCAGAGCAUGUACUCCGCUCAUGCUGUGGAAAAGGCCAAUGAGCUUGCAAACGUGGAAAAGAGCAUCUAUGAGCACAGAGACCUGCUGAGACAGAUCAGCUCCUACCAUCAACGUCCCCGCCGAGAUCCAAAUGCCGUCACCUGCCAGAAGUGUAUCACAGAGUGCGUGAGUGAGUGUGAAAAGCUGUUAGAAAAAUAUGCCAAACUUGCCAGACCCUUUAGUUACAGUGACACAGGGGAGAAGGGAGAGGACGGGCAGGGUCAGAUUGAUCACGAAGGAGGAGAAGAAGCGGACGGGGAGGACGACGAGGGCGUUAAACGCAGGCCGUCUUACACGCCACAGCUGAUCAAAGCUAAGUCUGCGAAGUGUUUCGACAAGCGCCUGAAGACCCUGCAAGAGCUGUGUGAUGAUACUUUCUACGAUGCCACUGUUGAGCUGCUGAAGGAUACGGAGAGGUGUUUCCGGGGUGACCUGAGCUACCUGCACACACGCCGCCUGGACAGGGCGCUACGCAAGAAACUACGAGUUACCAACUUCCUGUUUGAGGAAGACCUCAGAGAUGAUGAUGAGGAUGAAGGGGGAACACUAAGACCAUUCUGUGCUGUGAACCACGCUGUAGAUAACUUUACACUUAUGUUAAAUCCACCUCCUAUUGUUCUAGGACCAGAACCUCUUGAACUCGAUGCUCUGGAGCCUCCAGAUCCUCUGGACCCAGCCUCUGAGACUAGCCAUACCCUUGAGUCUGAGCUCGGGCUUGUGGAGAGCCAUCUAGAGUCCUCGCCCUCCGACCAGACUCUGGAGACCCAGGAGAGCUCGGAAGAAACCAAAGGAAGCUUUAGCAGCGAUAAGAGUGGGAUGGGUCAAGCAGAGGGACAACCGAAUCUAGCUUUGACGUCAGGAGGUCCAGAUCCUGAUUCUGACCUGACUCCUGAUCCUGACCAGAACACUGACCUGGAGAGGGAGAGCAGCAGUGAAGAUAUUGAGACCACUGCUGGGGAGGAUGAUGGUGACCAGACACCUGUGUCUCUGCUGGAGGUGAUGUCCGAGCUGGAAGGCAGGGAGGACGAGUGUGAGCUUGUAACCGAUGGGACUUGUGAGGUCGAGUCAGAUUUGUUGGUUCCAAUAGACACGGCAUGCUGUAUGGCCCAAGAGGGUUUCCUUUACGAGGCUUCUGCCCCAGAGACGGUUCCUCGCCUUGGCCAAAACUCCAACCUGCAGAAUGAUCAAACUUUAGUGGUCAACCAGGAGCCUCAGGCCCUACUCCCACUCCAAGACGACUACAUGGUGGGUUCUUCAUGCCCAGAAAGCCCUGCAGCCGGGCUGGAGGUGCCUGGGGGCCUCCUUGGAGAUGCAGUCUCCCGUACCUCAGUGGAGGAUGGGUCGGACUGUACCAUGAGCGCUUCUACUGGGUCUGAUCGGGCUGCCUCACCUCUCGGCUAUGGAGGGGUGGUGACCCUGCGUCAGAGGAAGAGAGCUGGACAGGGAGCCUUGAGGUUUGUGCGGCAGUACCCGUUUGCCAUGCAAGCUCUGUGGUGCCUGCUGAGCGGCAGAACCCUGGUGGUGCUCGGAGCAGACGAGGGGAGAGUCCGCCGACUGGUUGCUGCUCUCGCCCUCUUUGUGCCUGGUCCUGGGAAGUGUGGGGAAAGGGUUCAGGCCUGGCUGUCGUGUCCCUUCACCCUCACUGAUCUGCAGAGGUGGAAACUCAUUGGAUUACAAAGAGUAGCGUCCCCUGUGGGUUCCAGCAUGCUUUACUCGCUGUCCCGCUACAGCCGCUACAUCUCCAUCCUAGAUGCCGACCAGAAGACCUUGCGCUGUCCGCCCUAUCAUGGCCAACUCCUUGCCAACAUCGCUGACCACCGCACCUACAUCCGCCGUGGGUCCACCUAUUUCCUUCACUUACAGAGCACGCUCUGUCGCCUGGCAGCCAAGGCCUUCCUGUUUACCUUCACCCACCACCUCCACCUGCCGGUCAGCUUCACAGAGGGGCCCGAGGUGGUGGAGGGCCGACGGCGCUGCUUCCUGCAGGAGCAGCUGGGGCUGGGUGAGGAGGACAGCCGGAUACUGCUCUACCUCAGCCAGCUCAUCACUCAGCAGUAUCUACAGCCCGCCAUUGGGAGCGGCACAGCAGCUCCUUGUUUUAGUUUUAACUACACCACCAGCGUUUUUUACAAAAUCUGAUAUUAUACUGGGAGAUGGAUUCCCACACACGUUUUAGCAGAAAUCACCUUCGACGUCUUUGGUUUCUGGACCAAAGGGGAUCUUAAAAAGGUCUUUUAGUUUCAGGACAAACUCUGAACUGGUUAUUCUUUAAUCUCUCUCUGCCUUGCUGUCCUUUUCUCUCGUCUAGCUCUUUCCUCUAUGUGAAGGAAAAGGAGACGGAGCGAGUGGUGAAUGUCAGUGAGUGUUUACUUGCGUUUAUUUGUUCCAGAGCAUGCAGACACUCACGAACGCACAUAACAGAGCGGACGAAGGUCGGCUCUACUUUUUGUCCUGCGUGUCAUUUUUGUGUUUGUGUGUGUGUGUGUGUGUGUGUGUGUUUUUCACUUCCAUUGAAAGAAAAUGUUACUUGUUUAAGGUCAGUCCCCUCAACCCGCUCACCACACACACACACACACACACACACACACACUUGAUCUUACAAAACUCAAUCCAACAUGGCUGUCUUUGUGUCGUAAGUGCUGUUCUGACCUCAGCUGACUCUCUGACAAGUUUCAAUCACAGCUCUGUUAAUGCCGAGCGCUCACUGAGCACAGUAAUGUCAGCUAUGAUAUCAGCUACAUGUAAACAUGUUUUUCAGCAUUACUGAAACAAACUCACACGUUUUCUGCCUGCUGCGAACAGAUGAUUCUCUGGAUCUGUCCAUGACACCUUAUUAGCACCAUGCAGGCUUGUUACAGCCGGUUUUGUGACACACCUCGCUCUUUGAAACAUACCACACAACUUCCAAAGGCCAAAGCCUUUCUAAAAUCCAUGUUCUUUCUUUUUUUUUAAAAAUAUCUAUUACACCUUAGGUUUUUUAAAUUUCGUAAUUCCAAUUCAAGCCACAUUCCUGCAGAAGUGGCUUAAUCUCUCGUUUUGUUCCGAACAGAGACGUUGCGUCGGAUUGAGUAGAUUUAACCUUUGAGAGCAGAGUAAACAUUCCCAGAGGUGGUGAUGCAUGAGCGGGUGCAUUGGCUGUGUGACUUGGACCCAGCCGGCUCCAUGUUGAUAUUGCAUGUGAAGAGAAGUAACGUCAUCACGCGCACACUCACCCCACAUAGGGCCAGCAGCUGCCAAAACCUGCCGAUAUCAGCCGCCGGCGAGCAUUUUCAUGGAUAUUACUCACUUGGUCAGGAGCAUUUUUAAAGCUGCCUGACCUCAAUGUAUUGGACUUCACUGUUGUCUUACAGUUGUGUGAGAGUGUCGUGGUGUUGUGGUGUUAGCAUGAGACUGUCUUGUGCCGGGGUGAAUCACCGUGUUGAUAUUACUGUUUUGUUAUAUCCGGAGGAAGAUGCUGUGGAGAUGUGUCGCCGGGACAGUGAUGUUAUGUUUGCAUAGGCUUUAUUAUGGGGAAAUUUGACUUCCUUUGCCAUCAAACACAAAACUUCGCGCUUGACACUCGAGUUCGGACAGCUGCCUAUAUUUAUGAAGCUUUAUCACUGAACGGUUCUAUAUUUAUUGCGUCAAGACAAAAAAAAAAAAAAAAUCAACAAGUGAGUUGCAGCCAGAUUUCCUCUUUGUAGGAAUUUCACAAGUACACAAAACCUCUCUGUUUAAAGUUCUGUUACAUGGCCGUUUGAGAGUAUUUUAGAUUUUACUGUUCCUAAUAAUUCUGUGGCAUCAGUGAUGGAGCUGAACUUGUGUAUCUAGGAUUGUAACUGUACUGCAUGGUCAAGGUUUUAAAGUGAAAAGGUCAAACUCUGUGGGAUCAUGACUGCUGUCCUUCCUGCUACUGUACGAACAAGACAAGUUUUCAUUUCAUUAAGGCUUAUUCUUUUAAUUAUUAACAGCAACCUCACGUUUUUAAUUCCACCUACUGUAUUUCUUUAUUUCACUGCAUUUUGGGCUUUUUUUUGCCAGAUUUGAGUCUUUUUAUUUUUUACAGCUUAGAUAACAUUUUUUUGCUCUGAUGUAUUAUUUUUUAGUUAUUACUCCUCUAAUGCAAAAAGGUGAAUGUAACCUGAAGAAGCCAUACCACAGUGUGCUUAACAUGUCGUCACUCAGUGUCCUUAUGUUGCCAUAUCAUGUCUACCUUGUGUAUCUCAUCACGAGGCCCUGGAUGACGGCAGCGUUGCCAGUGGUUUUAAUGAAGCACGUUGUGAAUGUCUUGAUGCUUUCAUGUAAUGUUGAUGAUAUUCAUUAAUUCCAUUAAAUUAUUUGAAUCCA